ACGCGCUCGCGACGUGUGUGCUCGGCUGUUCCGCUGCCUGUGCGCGCGCCGGCUGCACUGCAGCACAGCGAUCAGAUGGUGAAAUGUAGCCCGACUUAACGCGGGCAGCCUCUGCUGGAGAAUAUGGGUCGGCAAUGGGGAGAGAACGGCAAAUGAUGUCAAGAAUCAACCCGAGACAGACUACACCCGAUCCGCAGCUAUGAGCUCCUCCUUUCCAAAAUCUGAAUCCACGACCUCCUUAUUGAAAUCAUCUGCGGCGGCAAGGAGAACGACACACCUCCCUGAACACACAGCAGAAAGCCGGAAAAGUCAGCAUCACCAUCAGCAUCAGCACCAGCAUCACCACCGUCCCACCGCACUCCGGAGCAGUAGCAGCAAAGUCGAGGAGUCUUUCAGGUCAGCCGAUGGUGACAUCAGUGCCCGGAGACCCCUGUGCCACCCCUCCCUUGUCGGCAGCCAAGACAGUGGUGAUAAUGCAGCCACCCGGGACAAGAGCAAGUCACACGCCCCUCACAUCCAAGUUCCUUACCCUCCAAACGAUGAGGAGGGCCGAGGUGUGAAGGAGCUCUGCAGGUCAUCCAAACCCACACACCGGCACCACCACCGCAGGAAGCACAACCGGGAGGAACGGCCGCCGACAGCAGGAGUACCUGCACCUGAGAACCCCCGUAGCUGUCACACUCACACCUGCCCGGUUCCCAGGGUGCCCUCGGUGUCGGAAAGCAAUGACGACAGGGUUCCACUCUGUGAACCGAGGGGCCACAACGGGGCCAGUUUGACCAAUAGUGGUGGUCAGGUCACCAGUCCCUCCAAAUCCUCUUGCUCCCUGGUCCCGCUGUCCAGCAGGUCAUCACGUCGCUCCCGUAGGUCCAGUGCGGCGUCUUCCACAUCCGACAUAAAUUUAUGCACCAUCCUUAAUUCACUCUUUGGCCAGGACAGAGAGCUGCGGCCAGAAGAAAUGGAUGAGUUGCGGGACGCUUUUAAAGAGUUUGACAAGGACAAGGAUGGUUUCAUCAGCUGUAAAGACCUAGGAAACUGUAUGAGAACCAUGGGAUACAUGCCCACUGAAAUGGAGUUGAUUGAACUGAGUCAACAGAUAAACAUGAACUUGGGAGGUCAUGUUGAUUUUGAGGAUUUUGUAGAGUUGAUGGGCCCAAAGCUCCUCGCCGAAACGGCAGACAUGAUUGGAAUCAAAGAGUUAAAAGAUGCGUUCAGAGAGUUUGACACUAAUGGAGAUGGUGCCAUUAGCACAUCUGAGCUCCGAGACGCAAUGAGAAAGCUGCUGGGCCAACAAGUUGGUUUAAAGGAAGUAGAAGAUAUCCUGAGGGAGGUUGACUUGAAUGGAGACGGGCUUGUUGACUUCGAAGAAUUUGUACGAAUGAUGUCUCGCUGAGAUCUUGAAAUGAUCGGUCCUGAAUGUGAAGCUGUGUCCUUCUCUGUACUUGACCGAGUUCAACAGAGGACCUGCUAAGAUCUUCUGAGCAUCCGAAUCCGAGUGAAACUGGAAAUAAAAGUCGCCUCACACUUUCAAUAAGUGUUCUUCCUGAAAAGUCUCCAGUUCAAAUGAGGAUAAAUUUGCUAUAGCCUAGCUGAUGAUUGUUCAACUUAGGUUUUUUCACUUUCAUUCUCACUAAAUAACUUGCUGUGUGGAUAGAUUGCUGAUGUCUCGUCUCAUCCUCUAAAUGGCAAAUAGAAGUGUUUCGCAAAAUCUUGCAUUUUUGUGUAGAUUGUAGUCAGGAUGAGAGAGCAAAUGCCUGCAAAAAAGGUGUAAAAGAUCAGUGCACUGUUGAACAUUUUAGUUCAUUUUCACCCAGUAUGUGUUGUAUUAGAAACUAUAAGUGGAAUGUCUUUUGUGUGACCCUGGUGCUACACCAAGGAACCCAUGUGGCAAGAUCACACCUGUGUUGUAACUGUGUGACCAUCUGUGAUUUUUCAAUGUGCAAGCCCAGUCCGACAGAAGCAUCACUGUCUGACAGCUACAGUACAUGCAAUGAAGAAGUAGAUCUGAUAUCAAUGAGAAACAGAACACUGAAAUACAUUUCCGAUACAGUAUCUCAUUCUCUAUGGUCUGAGAUCAAAGGGGAGUUGAAAACAAUUACAAACUCUUUCAAAACUAACUCCAGAGGACCAAUGUGCUCAAAGACACUAGCCUGCUCUGGUUUGCAGCAUCCUAUGCAGAGUAAUUCAAGCAUAUCCACACCAAACGCUCACAGGUUUGAAUUCCUGGAGUCUUAACCAAGCUUUGCGAUCAAGCAAUGUCAGUUUUUAAAAAUCCACCAUGCUCUGUCCGUGAACAUACUGCAGGAAUGACAUGUGAACUUUAUUAACAGUGGAUGUGAUUAUGUUGUACCUGUACUGUAUGUUUGUCAAUAUGAUUCUAGUUGUGGUAACGUUCCACCGAUCAGUCUUGUUAAAGCAAUUUUUAUGCAUGCCAAAGAGAGAUUUAUUACAUUCAGUAUGCACAUUUGCAUUUUUGUCGAACAAAGUAAACAAAAUAAUUUCGCCAAAUUGAAAAUAAAAGGUGUUUACAUUUGAGUUUUGAAUUUAUUUAGACUUCAAAUGAGACACAUUGUUUUUCUCAUGGACCUUACAUUUCAAACCACUAAAUAUUUUCUUGUCUAUAAUUCUUUACGAAAUGUCAUCAUCAGAAUAUUAGUACAGUAUGUGUGCCGUCACUGCAUAUCAUAAUAUCUAUUUCUGUGACUAAAACAUUUCCCCUGCAGGACAACUACAGAACCAUGACUGCAAAUAACAAAGUAACUGUAAGUUUGCUGUGAGAUUGUGAGAUUAGUUCUACUACAAACAUGUUUGGUAGUUCCAAAUAUUAAGUAGUGACAGUUUUCAUGAAUUUUAUCACAAAGAGGUGCUCCUCUGCUUUAUUCAGUCAGCAGUGACAGAGUGUAUUUACAAGCGACAACAGUAAAUUUAUUUCACUGUUAAUACUGGAGCCUGACCGAUUUAUCGGUUUGCCAAUUAUAUCGGCCGAUUUGAGCCUUUCACAGACAUAUCUGUAUCAGCACUUAGGUUUACCGAUAUGAAAUUAAAUUAUUAUUAAAAGGGGUUAGCCAAGUGUCAGGGUGGAGGUGGGUCUUCUUCUGCCCCAAUUUGACAGUUUGAUUUGGUCAGUGUCAGUGGGCAACAUGCUGUGUCAGCUUAAGAGUAAAGAAAGGGUCACAAUUUCUUACAUGUAACUUGUAAUUAAUAGCUUGUUACUUCAGUGUUUCAUAAGCUGCAUCCACACAUGCACUGAAGUCCGAAAAUUUUCUAGAACUUUUUCGGAGGGGCUGUAUGUGAGAACGCAAUCGUCUGUAAAUGUUGCUCAGAAUAUUUUACAGAAAUGUUCCUGCUAGCCCCCUAGUAAAAUGUCCGGAAAGUGAGCCCAUUUGAGAAUACAGCAGGAAAAUCUCUGAAAGAUUCACGGUGAGCAAUUCGGCCCUAUACCCAGGCACCACCACUCGCCUGAAUGUUCAGGAAAUGUUCUGGCUUUUGUGAACAAAUCUGACUGACAAUCUCCUGCUGUGUUCUCCAUAUGUGAGCAACAAACUCUGCAAAAUGUCCACACAAUUUUCCAGAGUUCAUACCGGAAAAGAGCCAUUCAGAGAUGGGACAUUUGUCUGUCUCAACUUUGUGAAAGCUCACUGUUGAAAAUUUGACUGCACAAAUUUGAAUUACACAUGUACAAAUCAUUUUUACACCCUGCUGGGCAUUAGUGGGCCACUGAA